AAUUUAAAUCUACUUGAACAUUAAAAUGUUUAAUAUAGCAUGACAUUUUUCUAUUGCAAAGCUGUAUGUAUUCAGCUCACUUCUUAAACUACAUGAAUGGUUUUGGAUCUUACUUUUCGUCAGAAGAUAAAAGAUGCCCUGCCUCCUUACCCUUGGGUCAAAACUCUCCACAGAACUGUCCUUACGGUUUAUAUGCGGAACAAAUAUCAGGAACAGCUUUUACUGCUCCUCGUAAGGAAAAUUUAAGAUCGUGGUUAUACAGAAUACGUCCUAGUGUAUUGCACGAACCGUUUAAGCCUUUUACCGGUAAAACGGGACUAAAUAACAAUUGGAAUGAACAACAUCCAAAUCCUAAUCAGAUGCGUUGGAAGCCGUUUGAUAUACCGUUGGACGACGUAAAUUUUGUCGAAGGUUUACACACGAUAUGCGGUUCAGGGGGUGAACAUAGCCAUCAUGGUAUUGCAAUACAUAUUUACAGUUGCACUACUUCCAUGGAGAAAAUCGCUUUUUAUAAUAGCGAUGGUGAUUUUUUGGUUGGUAAGUAG